GAUAGUUGACAUGUUGUCAAUACAAUCCAAACUCAUUGUUUUGUUAAACGAAAAUUGAGAAUAUUUUUGUAAUAAAUGCUUUAUAGUUUGUGCUGUGCACAGUAAAUGCAUAUAUAACAAUAACUUUUACUAAAUCAUUUGACUUCAUAAUGGUAUAACUGUCAAAAAUACCAUGAAAAUCAUAAUUUCGUAACUAUGGAAGUGUUGUUUAUAGCUUAAGCGAAUCGAAUGCAUAAUGGAUAGGAACAAAAGGCAAAGAGGUGUAUAUGUUACAGCAAGACAGAAGAAGAAGCUAAUAGAGUUAAUGGCGAAACAUCCCGAGUUGAUAUCAUGCAGAGUAACACAGGACUUCAACUAUAGAGAUUCUCAACAACUUUGGCACUCCAUCGCGAACGAAUGUAAUUCUAUACCCGGCGCGAAGAAAUCUUGGAGGCAAUGGAGAAAAACUUGGCAGGACUUACGUUCAAAAACAAAGAAACGGCAGGCUGAAACAAAUGGUGAGCUACCAAAUUCAGUGGUGAUGCUCACACCAGCGGAGCAGGAAGCUUUGGGCCUUAAGAAUGUAUCCUCAACCACAAAUCAAACAACAGAGUUUAUACCUCUUGAAGACCAAAAUGAUCAGGACAGUUUUGGUAACAUAGUAGAAUCUAAUCCUUCAUACAGUGAUGCUGAAUCUUUUCCUGAAGAAAAAGUAUUCACUAACCCCGACCCCCCAGAAGUUAAGAUGAAAAAACAUAAAAAUAAUACAAAACUGAACUCCAAGCACACAACCACUUGUGCUUUCAAUUGUGAUAUGUUAGCUGUACAGGAACAACGAAAAAUACAAAUCAAAGAGGAUUAUUUAAAUUUUAAAAAGGAUUAUUUGAGGCAGAAAUUGAAAUUGUUAAAGGAGCAGACUGAGGCUCUGAAAAGUAUUGCUAAAGAACUCUGUGUAAAUAAGUAGAUUUUGUAGUAUUUUGUACCAGAUGGUAUGUUUGUAAAGGUUAGAGCUCAUAGAAACUUGAAUAGACUGCUUGGGAAUUAAGCAGAUGAUUAUAAUAAGCCAUAACAUAUUUCUAUGAAUAUUAUAACAAUGUGCAAAUAUUUUAAUUAAUGUGAUAAACUUAUUGUUUAACAUUUUUAGAUACUAGUCACAGGAUAAGAGCAGAUUUUCGUACAAUUAUUGUAAGAUAUUAUUUCUCUAUUCAUUCAAUCUGAGGAUUUAAAACAUUGGUAUGUAGAUUGGAUAACAAUUUUCUAAUUGAAUAUAGUUCAUGAAUACUACUUAAGUUGUAGACAGAAACCUGUGUUAUUAAAAUGUUUGGAUUGUAUAAAAUUGUAAUCGAAUUUAAGAUUUUAAGAAUGAUAAUC